CGAGGCACGAACAACGUCUAUUAUCAAAGGACUGAAUAAUUCGUAACCUUCAGCGCAGACAGGGCAUAAUGCAGUGUCAAGUGAUGCAUGUUAUCCAUGCAUGCUUCAUCGAUUCACAAGGUGCCCAACCACGUGUGACUGGUGAACACAGGCCAUAACCAAACUACUCGACUGCGGCUUGAAAUUAUACACAAUUCUUUUUGCAGUGGCUGAAGCCACAGCCAUUAGACUCGUGCGUAAUUUGAAGCCACAGCCAGGUAAUUCAGACACGGACACCUAUCAGUCUAGUCUAGCCAAACUACUCAUUGGGGUUCAGCCUACAAAUAAAUCAAUCCAACAUGGCGUACCUUACCGAGACGAGGGUAACAACACGCUCUCUUCUAGUUGUUGUUUUCUCUGUCCUUGCCGGAAUGUUGCUGCACAAUUUCGUCAUUUGUAAGUCGAGUAUUUCCUUCAUAAGAGGAACGACUGGACAGCAGCCGGUGAGGUGCCGAACGUCAGCGGGCGGUGAGGGUCUAACGGGGAGGGCAUACGAGCUCAGAAAAGUCCGGACAUUCGAAGGGAGUCGAGCACUACCUUCGGCCGCCUCCUGCCGACCGUUCAGCCCCAAUGCCGGCCGCAAGUGUGAUCGGUGGAUAGUGGUGACAACAAUCUACAAACCAACGCCAAUUCUCCCUAAGAUCAGUUCUCUGAAGGGGUGGUGUAUGGUUGUGGUAGCAGACAAAAAAGGACCGCAGUCCAUGAACAUUCCUAAUGUCGACUACCUGGAUGUCGUCCAGCAGGAAAGUUGCGGCUAUAAGUUAUGCCGGGUGGUUCCCUGGAACCACUUCGGCCGGAAGAACAUCGGUUACCUCUACGCCAUCGAACACGGCGCUAAGUUGAUUUACGACACCGACGACGACAAUGCACCGCUGUUCCCCGAGGUACCCGCGUUUGACAAUGUUGGUUAUGCCAGGUACGUAACCGCAGGGGGCGCGGUGUGGAACCCUUACCCGACGUUUGGGCAAAACACCAAGGUGUGGCCCAGGGGAUUUCCUCUCAGUCGCAUCAAGGACCAAUCCACCAAGAUAGCAGCUGAAUCAGGCAAAGCGUUGCCACAGCAAGUCGGUGUCGUUCAAUUCCUGGCGCAGCAUGACCCGGACGUGGACGCCAUCUACCGCUUGACCAGUGAGCUCCCGUUCGACUUCAACCCCACGCCCCGGCGGCUGGUCGUACCCAAGAGGAUGUUCUCUCCGUACAACGCCCAGGCCACUUUGCACGCGCACGACGCUUUCUGGGGGAUGCUGCUGCCCGUCACUGUCCACAGCCGGGUGACUGACAUCUGGCGGAGCUACUUCACCCAGCGGCUCUUGUGGGACGUCAAUCUGCACCUUGCGUUUCACUCCCCGUUCGUGAGGCAGGAACGCAACCAGCACAACUACAUGGCCGAUUUUGACGGCGAAAUGGACCUAUAUUACAAAACCGAGAGCCUCAUCAAGUUCUUGCAGGAUUGGAAGCCCCGAGACUCGUCCCCGUCCCUACAGCAGAGACUGUUGGACUUGACAAUCGAACUAUACGAGUACGACUUCAUUGGCGCAGAGGACGUUGCUAUGACAAAGGCUUGGAUUGAAGACCUGCAGUGUCUUGACUACAUCUUCCCCCUCAAAACACAGUGACCUAGACACCUGAAAUGACUCGGACAUCCGAAAUUGUAAGUUUAGAUUGGAAAGAGUGAUGCAUUGACCCAAAGUGUAAAGAGCUUGGGGGAUGCCAAACAAAUUUAAAACACCUUCCCGUGUGACUCAACUUAGAUUUUAUUGAGGGGAAAGCGCUUAAAAGUUUCAGCUUGCUGUCUGCGGCUGUUUUCAGCCCCUGAACGGUUGGAUGCUUUGCAGCGGCGUAUCUAGCUUUUGGUGUAUUCGGGUGUGUAUGUGAGUUUGUUUCUGCAUUCAAUUGGGGACCUUGAACAAUAGAGGACAAUAAGGUCCCCGAUUGACAGAGGG